CCGGUUGUUGCCGCCGCCGCGGCCAUGGCCGGUAGCCUGCCGCCUCAUCUCGCCCCGCCGCCAUGAGGCGCGGGGGACCCGCAGCCCUCGCCGCCUGCCUCGCCGGGGCACUUGCCGUUCUCGCGGAGCCGGCACCGGCAUCGGGACCGGGGGCUGCUGGGGGCGGCCGGCGGCCCCCCCGGAGCUACGGCCACCUGGAAGGCGACGUGCGGUGGCGGCGGCUCUUCUCUGCCACCCGCUACUUCCUGCGCAUCGACGGCGGCGGCGGCGUGGAGGGGACGCGCUGGAGGGAGCGGCCGGGCAGCAUCGUGGAGAUCCGGUCGGUGCGCGUCGGCGUGGUGGCCAUCCGGGCGGUGCACACCGGCUUCUUCCUGGCCAUGAACAAGCGGGGGAGGCUCUACGGGUCGAAGGAGUUCAGCCCCAACUGCAAGUUCACGGAGCGCAUCGAGGAGAACGGCUACAACACCUACGCCUCGCUGCGCUGGCGGCACCGCGGCCGCCCCAUGUUCCUCUCGCUCAACAGCAAGGGCAGACCGCAGCGAGGGGGCAGGACGCGCCGGCAGCAUCUUUCCACCCACUUCCUCCCCAUCCUCGUCAGCUGAGCCCCGCAGGUGGCUCCGGACUUGUUCUUUGGGAGAAAGGAAAAGCGAAGUUCUUUUAUUUAUGCAUAGAUCUCUUCCCCCACCCCCCCA